UUAUCUAGAUUUUUUGGGUGUUUUAUUGAGUUAUUGCUUAUUUGGUGGACUAUCAUGAAAACCAAAAACUGAGAUGCCUAUGGAAGGAGAUUUUGGUGCUUUAGCUUAGACAGAUGGAGUAAUUAAGUAUUUUAGAUGAUUAGUUAGUAUUGGAAUGGAUCUGAAGAGAGUGGAAUGGAUAUAGAGGAUUCAUAGUUGAUCUCAGCUAAUUUGGGAUGAAGAGUAGUUGAUUAAUUACCUCAGCGUGAUUUGCUCGUGGGAUGGUUGCCUUUUUUUAAUAUCUAAACUGAUAUUGUUCAUUUACGAUUGCUAGAUGAAGUUGGAAUUAAGGCGAACCGCGCAUCUAGAGAAAGUUAUUGAGGAAAUAAGGGAGUAAAAAUACUGUUUAGAAUCAAAUACUGCAAUGUCCAGGAACAGAAGUCCUAAGCAACAAAAAUCUUAGAAAGUUUGAGGUCAAUCAGAAUCUUGGAAUGUGCUGAGGCGGAAAUACUACAUUAUUUGGCUCUUCUAGAGACCUCAGGUGCUUAAGCCUGUAGAAGAAAAUCAGGAGAUUCCUAUCAACCUAAGCCUUGGUGGGCAUAGUUACACGGUACCUGUGCUGGUGGGAGGAGGUAGUAGGUAUCCAGUAGAAUAGUUGAUGUGCGUGUAAAUUGCGCCGAACACCACCAUUGUCAAAGAAAAUCAGGAAGUUUAAGGGAGUUGGGACCCUCUAUGUGGAGAUUGAGAUGUUUAACGUUGUACAAUAUGGAGAGGAAGUUCCUGCAGCCUGCAAUGAGGUAAAGAAAAUUUCAAGGAUUGAUGCACAUGAUACAAGAUAAUUAUUCCUUGGUUCUCAGUAGCCUAUAGUCACCCUCUAUUACUGUAAAAUGGCUAUGUUUCGGUUAUAAUGUAGUUGAUUGUACAAAAAAAAAAAAAAGGAAAGAUAAAAUGAUAAUUCAGGUAAUGUUGCAGAAAAAGUUAAAUCUCUUCAUGAUGACUUGGUACAGAUGAUGACACUAUAAGUUUCGCUACUUUGAAAUUAUUCCUUUUGUUAAAUAUACUAUAAGUUCUUUUAUCUGAUAUGAUGGCUGUGUCAAAUAUAUUUCUCACGAGUUGAAGAGUUCCUGAAUCAAGCGGAACAAGAUUAUUAUAUUGGCUCAACUGUUCAGGACAAAUAAUUCUUCAUGUAGUCUCAUGGUUUGCUGGCGAGCUCCUAAGGUGAUGAAUCUGAAGAUAUCAAAGAUAUUAUUGAGGAAGAUGAUGAUGACGAGAAUAAAGAAGAGGUGAUGGAAAAGAAGGAAAAGAACGACGGCGAUCAGACAAAGUCGAAUGGUUGUAAGUCGAAGGACAGAGGAACUGAAAAUGAUAGGCAUGGAGAUGGCAGCAGGAAGACUGAGGGACCAAUUGGGGCUGGUGGAAUUUGUAGAGAUCAUCUAGGUAAUUUGAUCAUGGCAUUCCAGCAAUCUCUGGGAACUGGUAGCAGCAAUCUAGCCAAGGCAAAGGCAGCUAUGAUAGGUCUUAAGUGGUGCAAGGAGUACGGUGUACCUUGGUUAUUACAAGAAGUUUUCAAUGAAAGUCGGAAGGUAAUCGAUGAAAGUAAUUGCAUCAUUCAACAUUGUUAUAGAGAAGGAAAUCAAGUGGCGGAUGCAUUGGCAAAGGCAAGUUUGAUAAUACCAAACCAAGUUUCUCAUUCGGCGAAUGACUUGCCUAGCUAUGCUAAAGGUCCUUAUAGGCUUGACUGGAUAAUGAUGCCAUCUUUUAGAUACAAGCACAAGAAGCACCAGUUUGUUUAAAUCAGUUGUUUAGUUUCCAGGUUGCCCCUCAUAUCCCUCUAUCUUUUUGUAUAUGUUUACCGGAGGGCACUUGGUUUUUAAUGUUAUUCCUUCUUAUGUAUAGCUGCUAUAUAUUGGGACUAUGGAUUCUUGGAAAUCCUGCCAGUUUGUACAUAAUUUUUGGUAAUGAUAUAAAGGGCCACGCCACCAUACGGCGUAGUUGCAUUAAAAUAAAUAAAAAAUGGUUUAGUUAUUCGUUCAAUCUAUUUUGCAUUGUCUGAUCAGUAGUUGGAACUUGGAAGUUAAGUUUGUUUCUAGAGUGUAUUCUUCUUUCACCAUUUAUAUAUUAAUGGUUGACAAUAUUAAAUAUUCUGAUCCAAUAGUUAAGGUUUUGAUACUGGCCACCGGGUAACCUAUGCAGCAGAUCUUUACUUUCGACCUUCGUGCUUUUAGUUGGUGCUUUUUUAAAGAUAGAGAUCAAAGUGAAACCCCAUGACAGUACCAGAAUUUAAGCUCUGAAACUAAUGUAGAACUUUGUUCCUAAAUCCAAGAAAAACUAUGAAGUGUUAA